AUGCGCGCGACCGUAACUCUCCUCGCAGUCCUCCAGUGUUGUGACAUACGCGCCAUCAAGGUGCCCGUCGUGUGGGAUAGUGACAGUGCAGUGAAUAACGAAGAACACAAAACCUCCGCGGAUAAAAUCCAACCCCAAAACCUACAGCAACCUGUGCCCAUUGACUACUUCCAGUACACAGCCAAGAAACCACAGUUCGCAGUCGAUAUUGCCGCCUUCCAUGGAGUCAAGUCACCUGAAAACCAUUACAAAGCAUACCCUAUUAGUCCCUACACCAAUCAAGAAAAGCCUGAACUGGGAAAACAUCUAAUACAAGAUGCAAAGAGACCUGUAUUUCAGCAGUUCCAACAGUACUUGAAUAACGAUGAAGAUACUAACAGUUACGUAACACCGGCCUCCACUAAUUAUGAUGUGUUCCAUCCGUAUAAAGCUGAAGAACCAGGAUUGCAAGAACUUUACAAGGACCCCAUAUUAGAUAAGAUACGAAACGACAUACGAGACAGUAGUCAACGAUUGCAGACCUACGAAAACGAAGCUGGUAAGCCUGAUAUUGCGAGUGACGAAUAUUUAGAGAGUGCAGAAAAAACUGAUCGUAAAAAAAUACCUCAAAGGAAUAUCCCCGCGCCAUAUGAAAUUCAUAGACCACAACGCAGGCCUAUUUACUACAGACCUUUUCCCAGAAAUCCUCACAGGGAUCAUGUGUUAAAUCAAAGGUUUAAGCAUCCUUGGAAUCAGAAUUUCGUAAAAGUUCGGCCACUUCACUACCAACCAUUACAAAAUCAUCUUCAAAGACUGAGACAGCACCACGCUCUUACAUAUGACGACGAACGAAAUGAGUACCCACAAGUCCCCAUUCAGCAACAUUAUGAAGAGCCUUCUGAUGGUUAUGAUAUUUAUGAAAAGGGUAAAGCAAAAUAUGUACAACUCAGGAAUAAUCUAGAUGAAUCAAUUAGCAAUGCCGUAAGGGAAAGUCGGCCAUCAGCGCCGCAAAAAUUAGAACUUCAAGCGAAUGACAGCGAGCCAGAUGAAGAAGAUGAAUUUGUGCCUAUUAAAAAUUAUGCCCAAGUGCGGAAAACUGAAACCACAAAACACUUACCUAAAUCAGCUGCUUUUGAUGAUGCUGAUAGUUUUGAGGAAUUAAAAAAUGCUCCUCGAUUAAGAGAAGCCAUUAAAAGUACGAAAGCUCAGACGGUUUAUUCUGAAGAAGGAUAUGAAGAUUCAGCAUAUGAUCACGCCGGAGAGCAAAAGCAUGCUUCUGAUCACGAAGCUCAUGCUGGAUAUCUCAAAGAGAAAGAGUUAAGUAGUGGAAAAUACAAAACACCUUCAGUAAGUGCUAGCUAUGAAGAUGGGCGAGGAUCUGCUUAUAAAGAUCAAGUUUUAGAUGGUAAACAAUGGGCAGAUGAUAAUAAAGAUAGCCAACAAGAAGAAGAAGCUGAAGAUUAUUCUGAAGAUGAACAAGAAGCAUCCAUAGAGGCUGAUAUUUACCGAGACGGGCCUGUGAGAAAAAAUAACGAUCAAAGAAAUAAAAGAGAGGACGACUCCACUAGUGGCGUCGAUGAAGCAGCUGAUGCUGAUGAUAAAACCAAUAUUACAUCUCAACACGAUGUAAACAAACGUGAAACGAGUGAUUUCAAAGUUCCUGAAAUCAAUCUCAAUUCUACUUUUCUUACCGAGAAAGAUAUUUUAGAAAUAGCCAAAGAAAAAAUUGUGGCAAAAGAUGACUUGUCUGAAAAAUACCCAUAUUACUUCAAAGAUUUUAAAGCUAUAAGUAAGAAUUCACCAUUGAGGUACGCUGAAAACCUUAAAAAUAUGCCGAGAAAAUCACAAGGUGGAACAGAAUUUUAUGAUUCAAGAACACAAUUUGAGUGUCCAGAAGUUGACGAUGAUGUUGACCCUAUUCCUGAGAAAUUAAAAAAAGGUGGGCACCCAGACGAAGAAGAAGGAGAGGCUUCCGAUGACAAUUUGCCAAAGAAAGAUAAGAAAAAAGGGGAUCCUCACGCAGAGCGACCACGGCUUCAAGGCUUAGGUGACAAAAUCGAUUGUUUUAAAGCAAAAUAUUUUGGCGAAAAUCCGCUUGAUAGUCCAUUUUUUAAAGAAGAUAUUAUUGCAAAUCCUGAGCCUAUCACUCUGCCAACCACAUCGAUUUUCAAAUUAAAGAAUAAUAACAAAUCUGAUUCUAUCCUAGGUGUGGCAUCAAAUAAUAUUGUUAUUGGUGCUGAAAACCUUCGAAAACCGAGUGCGGGUGAUUUAUUUACUCUUCUAGAUAAAGUCAAUGAUAAUAAAAGCAGACUAUUAGACUCUAUCUUUAAAGGAUCAGAGGAGUUAAAAUCUUCCAUUUUACCUAAAAAUAUAUCUUCUCUUAUCAAUAAUACUUCAAUCAAUCAACAGAACAACGUGUAUUCUGACAUACUACAAAAUAUAAAAAAUAACUUGAACCUUCCAUUUAAUAACUCUGAUGUUUUACACCAUUUACAAAGACAAAAUGCAGACCAAAAUUCUACUGCAAAUGUAACGUAUGGUUCUUUCAACAAUAAAGAAGAUGUUACAAAACCUAAUUCACAUUCAAGAAAAAAGCGCGCAACUGCUCCUUUUGUAUAUGAACCGUAUAAAAUAAUUAGAGAUGUCCAAAUCCCUGAUUCUAAGAAAACAACGACAACGAGUAAUAUUAGUCCACUUAUCAAACAACUACAGGCUAGUAAAGUAAUUGAUGCUGUAGUUAAAACCAACAGUGACAAAGAUCAACCAGUAAAACGAAACAUUCGUGGUCGUACUUAUAAAGAUAUUGGAAGAAAAGAUAGAGAACAACAUACCAUAAGUGAUAACACUGAAACUGCUAGCUUUGUCGACGUUAACGUAGAUAAACGCAGAGGUGAACCAAGGUAUGAACUCAGGCCUGUCAACCAUAAAUCCCAAUAUUCCCCAGUUGAUAACAAAAAAGCAAUGUCUGUUGAAGAUUAUGAAGCUCAAACCAAGGAAAAAAUCACACUUAAAUCAAAUGAAAACAAUAAUCAAGAAAUUGUAAGAGAACCAAAAAAUAAAAGACCUUCACCGCGGGCUGUUUACGAUAUCUCCAGAUUUCUACCUAAGAACGAAGACAUACAAAAUCCAGCCGCAUCGAAUACAGUACGAACCACUGUUGACCGCACAUCUCCUCUCCCUACCAAACGAACUGUUAUGGAACGACAGUCAGAUGACGUAAUAGAUGACAGCGAGAGUGAAGAAGACUAUGACGACGAAUACGAAGAUGAAGAAGAAGAGGAAGAAACUCCUAUCUCGACAACAUCUACGACUACGACUACAACAACUACGACAACCACGACCCCUAAACCUGCCUUUAGAAGGAGGAUAAGAUCAACCACUACAACAACUGAAAAAGAAGAAGAUAUAACAGAAGAACCUCCUAAAUUAAGGUUGGUGACUAGGUUUAGGAAUACACCUCGUCAAGAAACAAAACAACACACUACUGAACCACCUUUAAAACCAAAGAAAUACAUUGAUGACGAUGAACAUCCCAAAUAUCGGGAAAAGAAGAAAAAAAGUUCGAAAAGCACUUUGGUGACUGACACUAAGCGAUAUGGUGAUGGUGAUGAUGAUAUGCAGAAGGAAGAAAUCGAUGCAUUAAUUGGUGUUAAGCAUGACAUGGACGACUAUAUGCCACUCUAUGAAAAAGAAGUUGCAGUUAAUAAAAAAGUGAAACCAGAUUCAUCAGACUCAAGUGAAGAAGACAGUAGUGAAGAAAAUGAUGAAGAUGAUGAUGAUGAAGACGAUGAAAAUGAAGAAUAUGAUGAAGAUGACGAUGAGGAAGAGGAAGAAGAAGAUGUGAGACCAGAUCCAAAACUGACUACAACAGAAGCACCGAGAAGAACACUUGCCAGAACUACUGAUGCUCCACCUUCUACAACUGAAACACAGCUUUUAAAACAAGCGGUUAAACCUGUUGUAACUAGAAAGAAAAUAGAAAUUCAUAAGGAGUUACCAGUCAACAACUCUUCCCCACAUGUAACUCAGUUUAAACAAGACAUCAAAGAAGUUGAAAUUAUUAAAGAAAUACCAAGAAAAGCCAAAUAACAGCCAAAUAAAAAUGUUGAAUUAUUAGAUUUGUAUAAAGAUGACAAUUUGGCUAGAGAUAUAAACAAACUAGGGGCAGUGGAAGUAUUCAAGGAAAAUUUAGACCUCGUAAAUGGUCCCAAACAUGGUGGUAACUACAGACUUGCGCCAGAUUUGAAAGAAGAAAUAGAAGAUGUAGAAACGUCGUCUAUCCCAACUGCUAGAAGAAGGAUACCUAAAGUACCUAAAGACGCUGAAGCUUCUCAAACUGAGCACAAGAAGCAAAUAGAAUUGGAUGAAGACAUUCCCAAUAAAAGUCUUCAUGGUGGUAAUUUAAAAUCAGUGAGUGACUUAAAGCGGUCAAGAGGUAGGAGUGAAAAACUUGUGGAAUUAUCACCGACAGAGGCAUCCCAUACCAGAUCCAUGCAUGGAGGGAAUCUCAAAUCUUUACAAGACAGAGAUAGAAGUCGUUCCAGAGGUAGAAGUGAGAAAUUAAUUGAACUUAAUGAUGAUCGUGAUGACGACGAUGACAGCUCUAUGCAUGGUGGAGACUUCCAAUCAUACGAGCCUCAAAAGAGCGGAAAUAGAGGAUCUAGGUUACAUGGUGGUAAUUACAGAAGCGCUAAGUUAGUUGCGGCAGACAAUGAAAAGGGGGAAACUAAACCUUCUCGGAAUACCAAUAGGGGUUAUAAAAAUGAUAGGAGUAAUGCAGCUGAAUUACUAAACAGUUUUGCACAGGCUGCGCCAAUUCUUACGACUCCUCCAGCGUACAUUUUAGAUCCCAGCAAACGAAUGUACUACUACGUAGAUGCGUAGUUAUUGUUCUGUGUUAUUGGAUUUAUAUUUAGGUUAUGAUUAUUAGAAAGUGCCACGACAUAAUAAUUUCGUAUGACUUUUAUAUGACAAAAGAAUGUGAAAGUUUUUAUCGAAAU